UACAACGAAAACACUCGACGGGGUUCUAUCCGAGAAAGAGACAGCACUACACCUCCCUUACCGCGGAUUAAACAAUCGAAUUGCCUUGCGCUCCAUCCAUAGAUUCUUAGAUCCAUGCGUCCGGACACUCCGGACGUUAAUACGGAACGCACCCUUGGACUCACUUGCGGCUUACAAAGAACAAAGGCAUUCCACCUUCAUAUACUCAAAGGUUGAGAUACGGUCAUACGUUAAUUGUCAUGGUGUCGUGUUUUAUCAGUCAUUACAUAUUGUUAUCUCUGGUUUUUUAUUUAAAUGUGAAAACGCAUGAGAGGCACAUCGAUUUAUCUCGAGUUACCUUAAAAUAAUAACUUAAUAUAUUAACAAGUAUGACUGGCUUGGGCAUGGACUUUGAAGAUGAUUUCUUUUUUGAAGAGGAUAAAAUUCCUAAUGUGCUUUUUUUUUGGUCGUAAAAUGCAUGUCUGAAUGCCACGGUGCGGUGGAAAAGUUUAACAAGCGAUUCGACUAUUCCAACAACAUUUGCAAAUACUAGCAUGCUUCAAAGUCUGAAGAAAUUAUAACUUUGGAUAAAACGUCUAUCGCUCUGACCACCGUACCAUCGGCUAGCAUGGAAACGUAUCAGCUGACUGUGAUGGAAGAUCGCAUGUAUGCACUAUUAUAUUGAUUUUUUAUACUUCUUUUUGCUUCUAUCUUUUUUCAUACCAAAUUUCACUUUGUUGCAAUAUUUGGAACCUAGACCAGAUAUAAUAUUGGUUACACAAGAUUGAUAUGUACAGCAGCAACCCAUCAACUAUUUGUAAAUUUUGUUAUGUAUUAAGCAUUUCAUCAUGAAAAAUGUUAAUAGCACCAAGGGGUAUGACAAUUACAUCUGGGAAUGUCAUAAUACAGAAAGAUACUAGUAAUCUAAUCGGUAUAAGCAUCGGCGGCGGCGCACCACUUUGUCCAUGUCUUUAUAUUGUACAAAUUUUCGACAAUACACCUGUUGCUGUAGACGGUACUCUUCAAGCAGGCGAUGAACUUGUGGCAGUGAAUGGAGCAUCAGUAAAGGGUAAAACUAAAGUGGAGGUUGCAAAAAUGAUACAAUCCUGCGAUUCGCAAGUCAGUAUUAAUUAUAACAAAUUACAUGCCGAUCCAAAACAAGGUCGUACGCUCGAUAUCGCUCUAAAAAAGGUAAAGCAUAGAUUAGUCGAAGGGAUGGGUAGCACUACGGCUGAUGCACUUGGACUAUCGCGAGCCAUUCUUUGUAAUGAUGCUCUUGUCCAAAGAUUGAUGAUGUUAAAACGCACGGAAAAUUUCUAUAGAGGUCUCGUUACGCAUGCUAAAGCUACAUUACAUGCUUUUUUCGAUCUAACACAAAUUUAUAAAGUAUUUGGAGAUGCUUUUGCCGCCAUAGGAGUUAGAGAACCGCAGCCGCGUGCCAGCGAGGCCUUUAGACAAUUUGGAGAGCAGCAUAGACAAAUGGAAAAGUUUGGUAUGAUGAUGUUAAAGACCCUGAAACCAAUACUGAGUGACUUGGGAACAUAUCUUAACAAAGCCAUACCAGAUACAAGGUUAACCAUUAGCAAGUACGCCGAUGCAAAAUUUGAAUAUCUGUCCUACUGUUUGAAAGUGAAAGAAUUAGAUGACGAAGAGCAGAGCUGCGCCGCUCUACAAGAGCCUCUUUAUCGCGUGGAAACGGGCAAUUAUGAAUAUCGUUUGGUACUGAGGUGCCGACAAGAAGCUCGUGCGAGAUUCGCAAAGCUUCGUUCGGACGUGCUAGUAAAGUUGGAAUUGUUGGACAAUAAACAUGUUCAAGAUGUUGUGUGGCAGUUGCACAAGUUUGCGGCAGGUCUAGCCAAAUAUUACGCCAAUACACGGGAUUUAUUAUCAACAGUAACAUUAUUCCCGGUUGAAGUAGACUUAUCGCAUUCUGCAUUUCAGUACAAAUCUACUGGGCCGCAAACUUUAACGGAUUCAAGUGAAGACGUCGAAGAAUACGAAUCAGAUGAAAAGCAGAACAUAAAUGAAGAACUCCUCAUUGAUACGUCAAAUUUCCCACCGGAUUCAACCAAUAAUACAUAGCAAUACUUAUUACGUUUCUAAAAAAAUUUCAGGAUGAAUAAAAUCUUUAUUAUAAUCUA